CUUAUACAAAAAUAUUAUUUGUUUUUCAACUGAACACCAAUAUUAUUUUUAACGUUAUUAAAUAACUCUUUUACUUAUUCGAAGUACUUUCCAUAGUUGAGGGGGCGCACGAGUGGUCGGACGUGCUAUUUUGGAGCUCCGCUUUUUAUACCGUUUACCAAGUGAUUUUGACGUUUCCGACCAAAAAUAAGUGCAUAUUCGCGAUCUGUGCUCUCUGUGCCUCAGCUGCAUAUAUAAACAGCAAGUGGAGUCGCGUCGAUCGCACCGAUAUCCAUCAAUUCCGGAUUCGCCUCCGUGGGCCGUGUGGCCGCCGCCCUAGCUCUCGCUAUUGCUCCGUUUUGUGUCUCGAACGGGGCUUUGACGAGCCUUCCUGGAGUCGCGGGGACAUCCGCAUCUCCUCCAUCAGCUGGUGUGCUACCCGGUCGAAGGUGUGCAGUCAUAGUGCAGGUGUGUCGAGCGCCUGUAUGCGGUCGUCUUUGGUUAGGUGUUCCGGAGGUCCGCCAUCUUGGUCUGAACAUACUCUUCUCUCGUCUUGCAUCAAGUGAGGAUGGCUCUCGCAUUUUGAAGAACCGCAAACUGCUGCCUGACUUUGUGGCUGUCACUGCUGAUCACACUGUGCAGCAAAGGGAGCUUUAUAGGAAGCUCAAAGCCCAGGCUGCUUCGCACAAUAUCUCUCACUCUGACAACCUGAAGAAAGUUAUCUACAUCAAGGGCACGCCGUCACUGGUUGAGGUUAGGAAGGUCUCCAGCCAACAGCAUUAUGAUCGCACCCAGAAAUCUCCAAAAAACUAGUAAACUCUGUGAAGCCAGUCAACAAACUGUCGCUUUACUAUCAGAAUGCUCACUGAAUGUAUGGGAAGCUCCAUUUAUUUAAGAUGUGACCGUGAUCUCUCAUCGCUUGGAGUUCAGAGGGGUGGAGGUGUCCUGAUUGGAGUGAAGAGGUUCCUGCAGUCUAAAUUGGUCUCUUCGGAUGGUACGAUUCAGCAGAUUAUAGCCAGGAUCUCACUGUCGCACUGCAGGCUCCUCAUCGCUGCAUCCUACUUACGCCCUGAUUCCUCUGUUCAGGUAUACUCCAGUCAUCUGAGGAUCCUCGAGGAUGCCUGCAAUAAACAUCCUGACCAUCGUUUAAUCCUGCUUGGUGAUUUCAAUCUUCAUCACAUCUCCUGGAGUUCGGACCCUCUGUCGUACUCAUCAACAGGCUACAUUAGCUCUGUGCUGAAAGCCUCUGCGGACCAUAUCCGGAGCUUCUGUGCAUCAAUGGACAUAUCUCAGCAUUUCCGGACCCAUCCAUCGAAGGAUUAUUCGUUGGGCCUUCUCUUCGCUUCGAGGGACCUUGUCUCUCCGCUGGACAUCAAUGAAGAUAUUCUGCCCUGCAAUGAACAUCACGUUCCUGGUGUAUUUAUGUGUAAUGUGUGCAGUGUACCCGAUGCGUCCCGUGUAUUUAGAUUUUGUAAACGUAAAUUCUACGCUGCCGACUAUGAGGCAAUCGGGGUCCGCCUUUCGGAGGUGAACUGGGAGACUGUCCUCAGUUCACUGUCUAAUGAUCCUGAUGCAACUGUUGAUAACAAUGGGGUGGUCUCAUCUCCUGAGCGUGUAACGUCGGGUGUUCCUCAGGGCUCCCACUUGGGAACACUCUUAUUCUGCAUUUAUAUCAAUGACCUUGUACCGAAGAUCGAAUCUGCGCAAGUUUUAAUGUAUGCUGACGAUGUAAAAUGUCUCAAUGUCCUCUCCGUGCAAUCAAAAUAUUCAUUUCGUAAAAGCUUUCUCCCCGACUCCACAACGCGCGCAUUUGAUUUAAAUUCGCGAAACGGCAUAGUUAAACUUUUAAUUAAAAGAGCAAUCACACCAAAAACUGCUUGACACUUUGACAAAUGAAAAUCAAGCUAGUCCCUAACCGGAUGCAUUCGAUUCGUAUAAUUUGAAAACAGUUUUAAAAAUUUACAAUUUUAACAAAUUUAUUCAAAAUUAAUCAAGUUAUCUAUUUUUUUUUUAUUUUCUAUCUAUUUAUUCGAAGACUUUAUAUAAAACGUUAUUUUAUAAUUUUAUAAUUUCUAUUCAUUUAAAUUUUAUUAACUUUUAUUAUAAUCUCAUUUUAUGCAACAUAAAUACUUUUACAAAAUGCAUCUUUGCAUUUCAUUUUACAUUAAUAUUUGAUCAGCGCUUAUAAUCUCAUUUUACAAUAGAAUCAUUUUUUAAAAUUAAUCGUUCAUAUUACAUUUUGCAAUAUAGUUAUUUUUACAAGUUACAAUCUAGUAAAUUUUACAAUUUUUAUAGCGUUCUACAAUAAUAGUAUUAUUUUACAAAAUUAAUCACCGAGUCUAGUCAGUUUUACAUUGAUUUAAUCAAUUUUUAGAUUUACUUAUAGUUAAUGAAUUGUGCGCACUAUCACUGAAUGAAACAAAUUGAAAAAUAGCUGGAAUUACUAUAUCAGCAUGGCAAGCUCUCGUAGAUUUGUAGAGAGCCCAGUCAAUUGGAUCAAGCUGCUGGAUCUUGACGAGACCUCUUUUUAAAAAUUUGGCUAUUUUGAUGUAUUGAGACCUCAUGAAGUUCCACAUCCUUUUUACCUGCAAGCCUGCACAACAAAAAAAUGAGUUUAUAAUUAUCAGUAAUGUUUUAUUAUGUUUUCUUAAGGUUUAUUUGGCGUUGUUUCUAUUUAAAAAUUUUAGUUUGGUUAAUUUUUAUUGUAAUUUGCACAUUUCCCAAUAAAUUUUUUGUUACGCUGAAUGAUUAUAACCAUAAUACAAUAUUGAACGGCUUUCAACUCUCAAGAUGUGAGAUUUAAACAAAGAGACUUACUUUUAAGUGGAAUACAUGGCCGGGUGUUCAGUUCUGCUGUGAUUCUGCCAAAAAUUGCAUCCACUUCAACCUCUCAGACGAGACUUGCAACGAAAUGCCACUCUCGUGGAGACGAUUCACUUCUCUGGCCAUGUAAAUUGGUAUCACUUGUCGCAGCUCGUAUAUGUCCUGCUCGUCCUGGUUCCCCAAGUCCACCAUUUCAAUUUUGUAGUCUGUAAUAUAAGAGGUAAACGUGCGAUUCAGUAUGAUUAAUUAAGUAGAUUACAAAUUGAAAAUUGGAAAAGGAAUAAAACUUAGCAAGUUAUGGUGACGAAGGUUACCAAUUGAAAGUGGAGCAAAACUAAUCACGUAAAAAAGAUUAUAAAUUGAAAGUUGGAAAAGAAAAGGAGCAAAACAAAAGUUAUAGUGAUGAAGAAGUGCCAAGAAUUUUCGCAUUGAAUUAGAAUGCAAUACAAAUCUCUUGCUGACGUUCAAUGAGGCCGGAAACGGUUGAAAUAGGAUUUAAUUUUACUUACCAAACAUUUUAGUAGAUGCUGCCAUGCCUAUAAAACUCGGGGUGAUCCGUUUCCUUCCACUGGGAGGUGUCGACGCUGCGAAGAUUGCGAUGGAAAUGACAAGCGAUGCACUGUUGCUGAGCAGGAGUU